GAUUUUUACGAGUGGCCGUUUCCCCAUCUAAUCCUAAUAAUAUCUGGCCGAGUUCUCCCGGCGGUUCACUUCGAUCGAGACGGAAACAGAGCAAAGGCCAAGGGAGGUAGAGGGACACUUUGCAGACGCCAAGGGUAAAGAGAGAAGCGAGCGACCGCCAUGAUCUCCUCCGUACAUGCUCUGCUUCCGCCAUCGUUAUCUCCUCUUCGUUCUUCCUACCGUUACCACACAGAAACCCACCACCUGAGGCACGUAGCCGCCAUUAGAUUCCGCGCAGCUAGUAUUUGUGGCCUCCCAAGUAAAACAAUCCCCUUCUUGUGCUUCUCCGUGCGUCAAUCCGUCCUCCAGAUCGGCCUCAAAAGAAUCUCCGUAGGUCUCAGGCCCGUCGCUGCCGCAGCCGCCGCCGCCGCCGGCGUCCCUGAUCCGGAUGGAGAUCCGAAUGCCUCUCCUGCUCCUCAAUCGCAAGAUCCAACGGGACGAGGAUUGGAAGACGCAAGCUCUCAUGAUAGGAGCAGCCGCGACGGUGUCAAGAAGAAGAGCAAUCCGAGACUGAAUCUGGCCAUAGUGUUCGGCUUCUGGUACUUCCAGAACGUGGUGUUCAACAUCUACAACAAGAAGGUGCUCAACAUCUUCCCUUACCCCUGGCUCCUCGCCUCCUUCCAGCUCCUUGCCGGCUCCCUCUGGAUGUCCGCCCUGUGGCUCUCCGGCCUUCAGCCCUUUCCCCGCCCUCUCGGCCGCCGCUUCUUCCUCGCCCUCCUCGGCCCCGCCCUGUUCCACACCGUCGGCCACAUCUCCGCCUGCGUCUCCUUCUCCAAAGUCGCCGUCUCCUUCACUCACGUUAUCAAGGCCUCCGAGCCCGUCUUCUCCGUCCUCUUCUCUGCCCUCCUCGGCGUCCGCCUCUACCCCCUCCCGGUCUGGCUCUCCGUCCUCCCCAUCGUCGCCGGGUGCUCCCUGGCCGCCGUCACCGAGGUCUCCUUCGACGCCCAGGGCCUCUGGGGCGCCCUCAUCAGCAACGUCGGCUUCGUGUUCCGAAACAUCUACUCCAAGAAGAGCCUGCAGGACGUCACGCACGUCAACGGUCUCAACCUCUACGGCUGGAUCAGCAUCGUCUCCCUUCUCUACCUCUUCCCCGUCGCCAUCUUCGUCGAGGGCUCCCAGUGGGUGGAGGGCUUCCGCAGGGCCUUGGUGGCGGUUCCCACCCCGUGGACCUUCUACUUUUGGGUGCUCUUGUCCGGGAUCUUUUACCAUCUCUACAACCAGUCGUCGUACCAAGCGCUCGACGAAAUCAGCCCCUUGACCUUCUCUGUCGGCAACACCAUGAAGCGAGUCGUGGUGAUUGUGGCCUCCGUUUUGGUCUUCAGGAAUCCCAUUAGGCCAUUGAACGCCUUAGGGUCUGCUAUCGCCAUCUUCGGGACUUUCUUAUAUUCGCAGGCCACCACAAUGGGCAACAAGAGCGGGAAGAAUGAUAUCCCCGAGAGGAAGAGCUAAGCAAUCUCUGCUGCUGGUUUGACGAAGCCUUGCUCCUCUCAUUAGAUUCUGGUAAGAACUAGUUCUCUUUCCUUCGUCUCCUUCCCUUUUGCUGUCCUUUUAUAGGACCAUUCGCUGGUAGUACUAGGAUGGUUACUGAUGGAACGAUGACAGGCGGGUUGUUAAUAGGUGAAGAUGAUUUCUCUGUUCCUUUUUCA